CCGACGAGAUUCUUCAAUCUGCUUAUGUAAUAUAAGAGCCUCUUCAUAGUUCAUACUCGAAUCGUAUGUAAUCAGUUUGCCCCAAAAUGAAUAUCUUAAUCACAAGAAGACUUGUUCUCCAAUUGCAUCCUCAAUUCUCAACUCAAAAUUUCAUUUUUCAUCCUUCACCACUUGGCCAGAAAAAUCCGAACUUUAUCAAUUUAUCGCCAAGAAAAUGUUCUUUCACCACCAAGAUGAUUCCAUUUUGCUCCACUGCUGCUUCUGCCUCAGUGGAUUACUACGGUGGGUGGGACCAUCCUCAGCUCGGUGGCAACUUUGACCACUCAAGUGAGUAUGAUCAGCUCCGAAGUUUUCUUGGAUUUGGUGAUAAGAAGUACUAUGUUUUUGUAUACCUUUUGGGUUUUAUCUGUGCUUUGGCAAUUUCUAGAGUAAAAGUUUCUUCAAUAAUCGGUUUUCCAGCUUGUGCUAUUGUUUUUGCUGUUGGGUUCUCAGUUGGGUUUUCUAAUGGGGGUCAUAUCAGCUUCAGUGGAGCUAAGAAAAGGCCUAAAGAUGAGAACUUAAAGGAAUCUAUUGGAAAAAUGAGGGACUUGGUAGAUUUGUUAAGUGGGUUUGAUGCUAAGUUUGUAAGUUUGAAGAACGGUAUUAAGGAUUGUAUUGAUUGCAAUCAAGUUAGCUUGAAUGAUUUAGGAACUUUUCUGAAAAAUUUGGAAUCAAUUAACUUAGAUGCUUUGGAUGCCAAAAGUAUUGCUGAAGAUUGUAUCGGCAAUAUAUUACCGGAGAUUCAAGAUACGGAGAGAAAUUUAAGUCAAAAAUCAAGUAGGAAAAAGAAAGAGGUAGGUGAUAAUGGCUUUAGUUUCCGCCAAUUUUUUGUGAAUUUGUUUCAGGAGAAGCCCAAAAUCCCAAAGCCUAUUAAAAUGAGAGAUUUGAGCAAGAGGGAACUGAAAAAUGUGGAGGUAAAUCAUCGCGAACAAGGCAACAUUUUAGCUUCUUCAGUUGAAGAAAGAACUUCAAAAUCAUUAUACAAUAGAAGUGCUGAAAAUGAGAACGAGGGUUUGCGUGGACCAACUUAUCAAUAUCAUAAUAUAAAUCGGGGUAAAGCGAAUAACUUGGUUAAUGGUGCUAGGAGAAUGAAUGUGGUCGCCGAAAAUGAGUAUUUGAAAUAUGCAGAGACGCGUGAUGCCGUUAAAGAAGUGCUUAAGAGUAAUAAGUAUACUUACCAGAAAAGGAGGUUAGACUGUAUGAGCAACCAAGAAGUCUCUUGGAAGCAAAGUCAUGCAAAGGAAGUUGAAAGAUGGUCAUCUCAUGAUCGUUCACUUGAAUCUAUGGACUUCAGGGUAAGCCUUAAGCAUAGGAAAACUGAGACAUCAUUUGGGCAAGACGAGAAAAUAGAUUAUCUGGCAGGGAAUUUUGAGGAUUUUGACAGUGUCAAAAGAGGUGAAAAUGAGGAUUAUGGAUCGUUUAUCAGAGGCGAGAGUGUGAUUUCUGAUACUCAACAUUCCCAGACUAAGGAUGAGUAUACAGUGGCUUCAGAAGAUAUGGAGUUCAGUAGGUGCCUUGCAGAAGCUAAUGUUCUUCUAAAAGAAGCUAAAGAGUGUUUGGUGCUGCAAGGUGAUGAUGAAGUUGCAGAGAAAUUUUUAUGUAAGUCUGCAGAAUUGCUGUUGCAAGCUUUAAACAUAAGGCCAAUGAGCUUAUUAGCAGUAGGCCAGUUGGGAAACACAUAUCUUCUUCAUGGAGAGCUAAAAUUGAGGCUCAGCCGCCAGUUGAGAGCUCUGCUCACUGGAAAUGAAGCAUCAGCUGAUAAAUGGGAUACGGCAGAGGAUCUAGUUUCCAGGAAUUACAAGAUUUCAUCAAUUCUUGCAGAUGUUUGUGAAGAGUGUGAAGGACUGCUCAUUAAUGCUGGAAGAAAAUAUAGAUUAGCCUUGUCAAUUGAUGGAAAUGAUGUGAGAGCCAUGUACAACUGGGGACUCGCUCUUUUCUUCCGAGCACAAUUACUUGCCGAUGUUGGACCAGGUGCUGCUCCUGAUGCAGAUGAGGUAUUCCUAGCAGCAAUUGAUAAAUUUGAUGCUAUGAUGUCUAAGAGCAAUAUCCAUGCACCAGAUGCUCUUUUCAGAUGGGGGGCUGCAUUACAGCAAAGAUCUCGUUUGCGGCCAAGAAAAAGCAAAGAGAAGGUGAAGUUGUUGCAGCAAGCUAGAAGGCUUUAUGAAGAUGCACUGGACUUUGAUUCUGAAAAUGUCCAAGUACGGGAAGCUCUGUCUUCAUGUGUAUCAGAGCUGAAAUAUUGGUAUGACUAGUGAUGGCUGUAAAACUCUUGUGCAAUAAUAAAUUCAUCCAGCUUGAUAAUUAGGCCGAAGCAAAGAGAGGUGAAGCCACAUGUGAGUUCGUGCAAAUGCUUCCUUGUAGAAAAGUUCAACAGGAAUCUAUCAAGAAAUGGAAAUACGAAGUGGUUUAGGGAAAGUGACUGAAAAUUAUACGUAGCUCGGGUCCAGAGACGAAAGAAGGGUGUGCAAAAAGGAUACGUUUCAGAAGCUGUGCGCUAUUUGGAUGUGCGCAAUCGCAUGUACCUUUUUGCUUCGCUUUGUUGAUGCCUCUUUUGGUGUAGGAAUCCAAUAAUGCUUUUGGAGAAAUUGUAGGCUUCAUUUUCUGUUCUGAGGUUUUCUUACAUCCUGCAGGCUAUCUCUACUUCUCGAUAAAUAAAGCUAUUUGUUCGUUUA